GCAACGAAUCGCAGCCGUCAAUCGACUCCAAAUCCCCGCGCUUGAAAACCCUACCACCAAACCCUAAAAUACCCCAUCACACCCUUCUACGCAGCCCCCAAAGCCUCGCCUUAGUGUUCCAAGAACAACACCACCUAAGCAAUCACGCAGAGACCAGCAACAACCAUGGCAGCGGCAGCACCAACGGAGUCGGUGCAGUGCUUCGGGCGCAAGAAGACGGCGGUGGCGGUGACGCACUGCAAGCGCGGCCGGGGACUGAUAAAGAUCAACGGGUGUCCGAUCGAGCUGGUGGAGCCGGAGAUCCUGAGGUUCAAGGCAUACGAGCCAAUCCUGCUGCUGGGACGGCACCGUUUCGCGGGUGUGGACAUGCGGAUCCGCGUGAAGGGCGGGGGUCACACGUCGCAGAUCUAUGCCAUCAGGCAGAGCAUCGCGAAGGCCCUGGUGGCCUUCUACCAGAAGUACGUGGACGAGCAGAGCAAGAAGGAGAUCAAGGACAUCCUUGUCCGCUACGACCGCACCCUACUCGUCGCCGACCCUCGCCGCUGCGAGCCCAAGAAGUUCGGUGGUCGCGGCGCCAGGGCCAGGUUCCAGAAAUCCUACCGUUGAUUUCGUAUGCUUUACUUUUCUACGACUAUCCCUGUCUGUCUGUCUUUUGUUUCUGAUCGUUCUUUUUUGUUUUAGGGAGAUUAUGAUUAUGAUUAUUACUACGGCUUUGAAAUUUUGGCAAGAUUUUGGAUUCGCUGUUAUUUAAGUAUUGGGAUGUUAUUGAUAGUCUUUAAUUCGCGAUGAA